GGAGAUUAAAUCCAGGGACACCUCAUCCCCAAUUGCAGGGAGCCACCUGGGUGAGAAAUUGCAAUAAAAGGACGGUCCACAGCAGGCUUGCAUUCCUACGGCUGGUCAGAGGAGGAGGAACGCUGUGUUCUCACUGAGAAAUAGAUCUCUAUCUUCAACUGAAGUCUUCCGGAGGCUAUAAGAAGCCAUCCAAAGUUUUGCCCAUUCAAGGGAAGAGCUUCCCAGAAGAGGAAAUAUUAUUUAUUCGAGUGUCGGUGCAUGAAGAGUCUGCACGCUGCAGAGUGACCAGCGUGUCUCAGCCCUUGGAAAGGAUGGCGAGCUCUUGUGUCCUGUGGCUGGCCUUGGCCUCCUGCAUUCUGACCCUGGCAUCUACACAGCAGCAAAUUUCCACCAGCAGCAACUCCUAUGGACCCGACUUGGAGUGUGGAGCUCCCGGCACGCCAGAGGCCCAAGUCUGUUUUGACCCCUGCAAGAAUUACACCUUCCUGAAUGAAUCUUCCCGAAGCUCAGAGAACACAGAAAGAGGGCAGAUAUGUGACAGCAACCUGAGGGGCUGGUACCGUUUUGUGGGAAAAGGAGGAGUGAGGAUGCCAGAGACCUGCGUCCCAGUGUACCGAUGCCAGACGGACGCCCCCAUGUGGCUGGAGGGGACCCACCCCACCCUCAAGCAGGGCAUCGUCAAGCGCACUGCUUGUGCCCAGUGGAGCGGCAGCUGCUGCCUCUGGAAGACCGAGGUGGAGGUGAAGGCCUGCCCGGGUGGGUACCACGUGUACCGGUUGGAGGGCACCCCAGAGUGUGCGCUGAGCUAUUGCACAGACCCCACCACUGAGGAGCCCAAUUGUGGGAAGGACUGUUACCUGGAGGAUUUUGUCAACGGCACCUGGAACUGUGUCUGCAGAAAAGUCUGCAACAGCUCUGAUGACCAGAGUUUGCAGCCUCAGCUGGACUGUGGGGCCAAGGAGAUCACGCUGACGCUGGACGAGAGUCUGCUGAAAUGCCUGGGUUUGGGGGACAAGGUCAGAGCCUACCUGCGGGACCAUAACUGCAGUAGCAUCAUACAAAGAGGAGAGAAGAGCUCCAUGUCUGUGACCAGCCCUACUCAGGCUGGUGCCUGUGGAAACAUUCUGGAGAGAAAUGAAACCCAUGUCAUCUAUAAAAACACUCUCUUCUUGACCAAUGAUUUCAUCAUCAGAGACAACAUCCUCAUCAACUUCCAGUGCGCCUACCCGCUAGACAUGAAUGUCAGCCCCGAAACUGUCCUGCAGCCCAUUGUAAGCAACCUGACCAUCAGUGUGGACGGGGAGGGAGAGUUCAUUGUCAAGAUGGCCCUCUUCCAAGACCAGAACUACACCUUGCCUUACGAAGGGGAUGAAGUUGUGCUGGACGUUGACUCCAUACUCUAUGUGGGUGCCAUCUUGGAGAGCGGGGACACCUCUCGGUUUAAGCUGCUGUUGAGGCACUGCUAUGCCACGCCCACUGAAAACAGGACUGACGCUCUGAAAUACUUCAUCAUCAAAAAUGGCUGCCCAAAUCAAGAAGAUUCCACUAUCCACGUGGAGCAGAAUGGAGUAUCCUCAGAAAGCCAGUUCUCAGUUCAGCUGUUCAAGUUUGCUGGAGAUCAUGACCUGGUUUACCUGCAUUGUGAGUUUCAUCUCUGCGAUCCCCUUAAUGAAACGUGCAAGCCGUCUUGCUCAGGAAAUCAACUCAAGAGUACAGAAGUGGUUAUCAACUCAGCUCAGGUCCUCGAUUUGGGACCCAUCACUCAGAAACGUACCUCGCCUGAACCUGUCAUGAGCGGAGCCCCCACCACUGCAGGGUUCCUGGUGGCCUGGCUCAUGGUCCUCCUGCCUGUCCUCCUGGCUGGGCUGUUCUGAGAGCUCAGCUGGGCAUCCAGCCUUGAAGCUCACGCUCCUCUGUCUGACAAUGGUUUCCAGCCACCCUUCGGCUCUGCUGGUUCUCUCUCCAAAUCGCAUAGAUAGUCUCAGUGUUAAUAGACUCCAGGCCGGCAGGUUCUGGGAAAAGGGAAGAGCUUUCCCUCGUCUAACGCUCUCAGCGCCUUUGCUUUUCUCUGUUUCUCACGGUGAUGGCCCUGUUGGCCUGGCCCACUUCCUCAUUCAUAAGCAGGAUCUUGAAGGCAAACUUGCUAGGGGCCCCUGUGGCUCCAGCCUUUACCAGAAUGUAGCAUGUGUUUGUAACUACGGGGAAGAGGGGUCAUGUCACUGGGGGGAAGGGGGGAAGGAGGAUGAGCUCGUGAAAGAGACUCCUCCCACGGCUCCUUCCCGAGCACCCCAUGUUGUGACUGCUGACAAACCAAACAGAUCGACUCUUGCUUUCAC